AUGUCCCUAGUCCAGCUGGAUCCAUCCCUGCUUAGCACCCUGCACGACCGCGUCGUCGUCCUGACCGGCGGCGCCAUUGGCAUUGGGCGGUCGGCCGUGGGGCAGUUUCACGCCGCCGGCGCCAAAAUCGUCUUUGGCGACAUCCAAGACGAGCCCGGCCAGUCGCUCGAAUCACAACUCGGCCGGGACAGGGUCCGCUAUGUCCACUGCGACACGACCUUGUAUGCGGACCAGCUGCGGCUGUUCGAAACCGCGGAGAAAGAAUUCGGCCGCGUCAACGUCGUCGUCGCUAAUGCCGCUAUCGCUAUCCACAAGGAUCCGUUUCUGCCCGAGGCAGACAUCACCGUCGAGCCGCCCACGGCUGAGAUAGACGUCAAUCUCAAGGGCGCGCUGUUCACGGCGCGUAUUGGCAUGCACUACUUGCGCAAGAACAAGAGUUCUGAGGAGGGCCCCGGGGGCGAUCUGAUCCUCGUCAGCAGCAUCGCCGGAUUCAAAGAGAGCAGCGGCCUCGUCACCUACACAGCCAGCAAGCACGGCGUACUGGGCAUCCUGCGCGGCCUGCGCGUGUCGGCACUGAAAGAGAACAUCCGCAUCAACGCCAUCUGCCCGUGGAUGACCAAGACGCGCAUGGUCCGCGGCAUCGAGCAGGGCUGGUACGAGAAGAACCUCCCCACCAACGAGCCUGCCGACGUCGCGCGCGCAAUCGUCCUCUGCGCGACGGCCAACCGCGGAACGACAACCUCGCAUCCGGGCGCCAAGCUGCCUUUUGCGGGCAAGAUCCUCUGGAUUGGAGGCGGGAAGGCGUAUGAGAUUGAGGAUCGGUUGCAGGAGUUGGAGCCGGAGUGGUUGGGGAGGGAGAAUAGUGCGGUGUUGGCCAGGGGACAGGCGUUUCUGGAGGCGGAGGGGACGAGUUGGGAUGUUGAUAAGCAGAAAAAGUGA